CCAUGAAACAUCUUCUUCAGUCACCACUAAAAGCUCUUGAUCUUCUUAUCCAAGACUCUAAAUCACCUUUAAAAGCUAUCUGCAACCUUGACCCACAUCAUGCCAUCCAACUAAAGCAUCACCAGUGAUCAAACCGCACCAGCUUUACACCACCACUUGCCUGUCUCACUCCACCACUUCGAAUCCUUUCCCUGGCCUACACUUCCGAUCACACAACAGGCUUCACUCUCCACCAACAUGAGCAAUACCGACUUCCUCGGCCGUGCCAUCGACACGGUCAGAAAAGCGAUCGAGCAUGACAAUGCGGGGGAGUACGAAAAGGCCUACCAGACGUACUACUCCGCCCUCGAGCUUUUCAUGCUCGCUCUAAAAUGGGAGAAGAAUCCUAAAUCGAAGGAAAUGAUUCGCGCCAAGACGGGGGAGUACAUGGAGAGAGCGGAAAAGCUGAAAAACCACUUAGCGGGGACAGACAAUAGGAAGAAGCCUAGCGCGGUGGGCGCGAAUGGGAAGGUAGCGCAUGGGAGUGGGAAAGGAGGGAAAGACGACGACGACGAUGACGCCGACACGAAGAAACUACGGGGUGCACUCGCGGGCGCUAUCUUAUCGGAGAAGCCUAAUGUGAAAUGGGAGGAUGUUGCUGGUCUUGAUGCGGCGAAAGAAGCGCUCAAAGAAGCGGUCAUAUUGCCCAUUAAGUUCCCAAAUCUUUUCACGGGAAGACGCCAGCCAUGGAAGGGAAUAUUACUCUACGGCCCUCCAGGCACUGGCAAGUCGUAUUUAGCAAAAGCGGUUGCGACAGAGGCAAAUAGCACAUUUUUCAGCGUGAGCAGUAGUGAUCUAGUUUCAAAGUGGAUGGGUGAGAGUGAGAGACUUGUAAAACAAUUAUUCAACAUGGCAAGAGAAAAUAAGCCAGCGAUUAUAUUCAUUGACGAGAUCGAUGCCCUCUGCGGGCCUCGUGGAGAAGGGGAAUCAGAAGCAUCCCGCCGAAUAAAAACCGAAUUACUUGUCCAAAUGGACGGCGUCGGAAAUGAUACGAAGGGAGUAUUGAUCCUUGGUGCAACAAAUAUUCCCUGGCAAUUAGAUAUGGCUAUUCGACGAAGAUUUCAGCGCAGGGUGCACAUCAGUUUACCCGAUACGGCCGCACGAAUGAAGAUGUUUAUGCUGAAUGUUGGCUCGACACCAUGUAAAUUGACGCAAGCGGAUUACCGAGCGCUAGCCGAAAUGACGGAGGGCUAUUCUGGUAGUGAUAUCAGUAUUGCAGUCCAGGAUGCUUUAAUGCAGCCUGUGAGAAAGAUUCAGUCAGCUACACAUUAUAAGAAGGUUCUUUUAGACGAUCAAGAAAAGCUUACCCCGUGCUCUCCAGGCGAUCAUGGGGCGAUUGAAAUGUCCUGGGUAGAUGUUGAUGCUGAUAAACUUCUUGAACCUCCCCUUUUGCUAAGGGACUUUGUGAAAGCCGUUAAAUCCUCCAGGCCGACAGUUAGCGAAGAAGAUCUGGAAAAAAAUGAAGAAUGGACGAAGAAGUUUGGCAGCGAAGGUGCCUAAUUUUGCAAGCUGUGGGAUUGGAUUGUGGCGUUGUGUUAACAUGUGGUGUGAUGCCAUAGAUCCCAUGCGUUCUGGGCGUUGAUUGUUUUACCUGGAGGACUGCAAGCGUUAUUUAUCAACCCCUCUGAAGACAUUAAAUAUAAUGCUUCAAAACUGCCCUGCCCCUUUGUCAUUACAAUUCCUCUAUAUUUUGAACUUGCCUU